AUGAAUGAUACAAGCGAUCAAGAUAUUAUUGUUGAAUACUUUGGACACUAUCCAUACAGGAUAAGUAUGGCAUUUGUAAUACCAUACUCUAUGCUUUUCUAUACAGCACCAAACGAUGAAAAACAAACAAUAAUUUAUCCAUUACAGAAGCAGUGUUUCUAUUCGCUGACUUUGUAUACUUUAUCUUUAGUUGCUGCAAUUCUACUUGGUCUAUCUUAUUCUAAAAACACGAAUUAUUCCUACCUUUUGUGGCUCAUUAUUGUAAUGUAA